CUUUUGCCAAGUUUUCCUAUAUUUUUAACUCUUACUCAAUUUCCUUAACCCUAAGAGACAUAUCAUCAAGUCUAUUAGUAGAAGCUUGCAAAUCGUUAGAGCUCGAGAAUCAUCAUUGGUAUGAUUUUUAUGAGAAAUAAGAUUAUGUUACAAACAAGAAAGUUUGGUGAUCGAUCUUACCAUGUCUUAAAAUUCAGGUAUUUAGUGUCUAACUCAGACUUCCCCGGUGAGCUUUCAAUUUUCAGACCUCACUCAAACAGUCAAGUCGCCGACUUUUCCUCGUCAAAUCCCGCCAUCCCUAAACCCUAGUUUCCCACUCUCCGUCUACAAUGCCGGGACUCGCACCGGGCGAUUCCGCCGGAGGAGGGCCCGACUCAGUCAACGGAACACUCGUCCCUUACUCGUCAGAUUCUCAUGUUUCAGCUAUAUACCCGCUUCGACACGGUCUGAACCCACCAAUCUCCCGUGUCUCCGUCUCAUGGGGCCGCGGCAACUCGCUCCGCGUCUCGGUAUUCCGGCAGCCGGAUUCCGAUCCCAAAUCCGACGGAGAAGUCGGCGGUAAAGUGGUGGAGGUGACUCUGGGAAAAAGCAGGGACGGCGAGAUCAGUGAUGCCCAAUGGCGCAAAAUUGCGUACGGUUCCGUCUCCCCCUUCGCACUUCUCCAGAGCCGGAAAAACUCGACUGCCAGCUUGUCCAGGAUGCAAUUGUCUCCCUCUCCUUAUCACCUUGAGUGGUGGGAGUAUGUAAUGGAGUACAGCAAGGACAUAGGCUCGCUUCUGGGGGAUCCCAAAACUGCUUUAGCUACUUUGAUUGAAGAUCCGAAUGAGGUUUUCCCAAAGAAAGUCGAGGAGCCAAGCAGUUUGAAGGCAGCAUGGGAACUGAUGGAAAUGUUCUAUGUGGAUAAGUUAUCUCAAGCAUGGUUACCUGAACGCCUUGUUGAUUGGUUAGCUGACUAUAAUAGCCUUAUAUCUAUCGAUCUGCCAACUGUUCACUCAAAGCUUGUGGAGUUUCAAAAUCAAAUUGUCACCUUACAGGUGAUUGAGGAUGAUCCAAGGUAUUGGGACUUGAUAUCAUCAGCACUAGCUGUUGGAUGGUUGGAGAUUGUGGUUAAGUUAUUGCGUUUGCAUGGAUCUUAUCGACUGGAUCAACUGGGCAGAAGAGAGACAGAGAAUGGUCUUGUAGAGGCUGUUGCUGUUCUAAUUUCGAAGAUGCCUCGCAUGCGUCCGGCUAUAGAUGCUGGAAAAAUUGGUGAAUGCUUUAAAGCGAAGCCUGAUUUUGUGAAGGCGUGGGAAAGAUGGCGUGCACAGAUAACUAAAUUGGAUUCUAGUGCAUUCUGGAUCCAGUGUGAUCAUCGUCAGACCCGGGAAGGAUUAAAAAAUAUGCUCCAGAUCAUGCUUGGAAAUGUCGAUGUUCUCUGCUCUUCUACAUGUCAUUGGAUGGAGUUAUAUAUAUCUCACUUCUUGUACAUACGACCUUUCACUGCUGGACUUGAAAGCAUGUAUAGCUUGGCCCAGAAAUGUUUUCGAUUGAAACAUACAUCCAAUCCCCAUAAGCUGAUGCGACUCAUGAUUGGAAUUCUGGGGGAGAAUAAUGAGGUUGUGUUAGCAGAAUGCUCAAGAGGGUUUGGUACUUGGAUGGUGGCCCAUGCCAUAGAGCUUUUGACUGCUGGGAGUAACGAAGCAGAUAUUCUUGUACAUGAGGAGCGUGAAGACUUGGGUGGGAUCAGUUUGGAGGAACUCCAUCGGCUUGUUUAUGCUCAACUUCUAUCUUCUCAUCUAUUAACUUGGCAAAUUGCUCCAAUUUAUUUAACAUCGUGCAUGAGGCAGGGAAUGGGUUUGCUGGAAAUUUUAUUGCUCAAGCAGCCGGUUCAGGAAAAUCAAAUGCUGCUGAAGAACCUGGAGAUUUGUAGGCUUUAUGAACUUGAUGGUAUCAGCUCACACCUUAUGGAGAUUUCUGGAAUGUACCACUGGAAACACGGUAGGAAAGGAUGCGCUGUUUUCUGGCUACAGCAGGCACAUGAUGAGGUUCGUCUCAGCGGGAUUGCUAGCCAGUUGUUUGAUUCUGUUGGAAAGUCAAUAUCUGGAGAAAGCUUCAAGCAAUGGGAAGGGCUGAUUGAAUUGUUGGGUUCAGAAGGUCAGUUGGCUGGUGGUCUCGAUUUCCUCCACAAGUACAGGGAUUUCAAGAAAUGCCUUCAGCAUGCUGAGAGCAGAAAAGAUGCAGAUGCUGCUCGUCAAGCAGUGGAAUCACUUAUGUCGCUUAUGAGGAAUGCUUCGACACCUCAGCGUUUCUGGUUACCCAUUCUCUAUGAUGCAGUGAAGCUGCUAAGCUGGGACGAGGGACCUCUUAUAAAUGUUGGCCAGACGAAUCUAUUGCUCAAUAAACUACAAGAGUUGUCAGUAGCAAGACUUCGCCCGGACUUUGUGGAGGCCGAGUUGCCAACCCAGGCUCUGAACCAUGUUCGAUACUCACUGGCUACUAAUCUCGGGCGUGCUAUCCUCGGAGAAUUGUGAUUGACUGGCAUGCGCUUUCUAGAAUGUGGAGAAGGGAACGUAGGUAAUAUCCCCUGCAGGAUCUGAGCUUCACAUAUGGAGUAUGUUCAAAGAGAUAGCCAGAACCCAGGGUCCCAAAGACAAGAAAGUUAGGUGUUUGUUUUGUGUUGUUGAGUACUUGAUUUACAUGAGAAUGGUGCAUAGUCCGAAGGACGGUUUGUUCAAGUCACGGGUCACAUUAGAAUAGUGCGUAAAGGACAGUAUGUUCAAGUCCCGACGACCCUCUAGACCUAGUCUUUUACAAUCUCAUUACGUUGUUGCCAAAACAUAAACAAAAUCCUUAACCUUGUCUCAAUAUGUUAACCAAGCCUGCAACAUAUAAUGAUUGAUUACAUCAGUUAGAUCUUGUAUCAACGAACAAUCAGAUAUAUCACAGUUCUGUUAUUAUACUUUAAACUGGUUGGUAAUCCUGCAGCUUUGAUUUCUGAGUUACAGGCUUACAGCUAACAAGUUGGCAAACCAUCGCAAUUUGCAUGCAUCGCGAAUUGAAUCUUACGGUAAAUCAUCACAAUCCACGAACCAAAUAUAGUCUCUCCCCACUACAAUACAUAGCUAAUUAAAGAAUGAUACGUAUAAUAUAGUUAAUAAUAUAUACUGUAACGCUAUGCCGCCGGCCAUCGGAAACCAGGAAAAAAAUCAACUCACUCAAUGACAGUAAAGGGAUAAAAAAGUAAAGCAAGAAUUCGCAGAUAAUAAACAGCAGAAGAUCAACUCACUCCUUCCUCGAUUGACCGACAAUGUUCUGUACAAUACCUCCGGCGAUCAUUUCCCAGAACCCAACUUGAAGCCAACUAGAGCUUCUUUGGCAAGUUAUAGGUCUUCUUAAGAAACUUCGACGCAGCAUCAUCAUUCCGAUAACACAACACGCGAAGAAUGGUGUUUGGUUCGGUCGGAUCCCACUGCCCAGAGGUCGGAGGAAGUGGAAGCCUCGAUCUCGCAGCUGAACCAUACGCCUCCAGUGUCUCCCUCCUAAACCUCUCAAUCAAGCUCUCCGUAUCGGUCCUAAACAAUGGCAGAACACCUCUCACUGUGGCUGCAAACUUAUCUACCAGUUCUGCUGGUAGGCCAUCUCCAUUGGCCCAAAACAGAUCCUUCAGAGACUUGAAGUCCUCUUCGAUUAUCGCAGAGUCCUGACGAGUGAAGCAGCGAGAGGGCCCACCAGCGAGCAACACGAGCAAGAACCCGUCGAACGUUGCCCUCAUUACAUCUGCAAUGACCCGGGUACGAACCUUCUCGUUAACAAUGUCCGAGAUGAUCGUCAGGUUCCGCUCAAGCUCCUCGAGGCAAGGCUCGAUUCUUGAGGACGAUGGCUCUCCGAUGUAUAACCCGUCGAAUAGGAGGUGACUCAGGUCGUGGAAAACGACUUUGUAGCCGAGUGACUCGCUGAGCUGCUGGACUCCUUCAACGCAGGCGGAGGGUGCGAGCUCGAACUUCUUGGCCAGCCCGUUUGAGAAGUCAUGUGCUUCUGCUGAUUCGGAGUUCCGGAGGUGUGUAAUGAUUCGCUUCUCGACUGUGUCCAGCUCGGAUCGAAUUCGGUGGAGCGUAUUGAUACGGACGCAUAGCUGAGGUGUCGCGGAGGUGGCAUUGCUUCCGUUCAUUGUCGUUGCGACCUGGGAACUUGACCUCUUUUGACCGUUAGUGGUUGUUGAUGACGACUUGUCUUUCUUCUUCCACUGGAACUUGGAUCCGGUUUCGCAUCUGGUUAGGGCGGGCAUGGUUGGGAGGUAAGAGCUUCGGGUUCCACAGCCGGAUUUAGCCUUGGUUGCGUAAUACUGAAGGCAUCUAUCCAGGCCUGUCAUCAAGUCAGGCAGCAAAGCUGGAUGCAUUGGUAUUGGGAGCUGGAAAUAUGCGUCCAGUGUUUCGUCUAUCAAACGUAACACUUCCACUCCUGAUGGAGCAAACCCUUCUUGGCUUGCCUGUGGGCUCCAAACCUCUUGUUGUAAGCUUCUGUCGAUCCAUUCCUUCAAUCUGUCGAGUCUCGACUUAAUCCAUACUUUCACCAAAUUUGCAAUUGCAGCUUCAGCCUCAUAAGGAGGCAUCUCACGAAUGAUAGCUUUCCCUCCAUCAUCACUAUCCACAGAAUCUUCUACAGCAAUCUGCACCAGAUCCUGCUCCAACUUAUCUGCCGCCCUUAGUACUUGCACGGCAUCUGGUGUCAGUUCCGUUAUCCCAGAAAUGAAUUGUUUCAACUCAUUUCCAUAGCAAGCAUGCAGUGUGGCUACAGCCAACCCUGCUGAAAAUGGGUGCCAUCUCUUGAGUAUUGGACUAAACAUUCGCUUUUCCUUAACCGCUAGCUCACCAACAUCUUUGGCAAGGAUGGCAAGGACAGGAAGUGGAUUCGGCUGGUUCUUGGUUGCUCGCCUGCUUGAGUCAGCCUUCUCCAUUCUCUGAGCAAAAGCGGUACGGAGGGAUGACCUGAUGUAAGUAUCGAUCCUACUACGAGCAACAUCAACAUCGUUCUUCCUCCUCCGCCGGUACUCAUUCGAUAUAUCCUCGACCAAAAUUUUCGCAGCAGCCACUCCGAGAGAUACAAUGCUCUGCAUGGUCACGGAAUUUCGACUGUCGAAAGUGUCGUGAUAAGCAAGCAGCCUUUUUUCAGCCCAACCCAUGAUCGCAGUCAAAGUGGAGCUCAAAACUUUGGAAUACUCAGCAUCCUUUGUCGUCUUGGCAUCUUUGGCAACUUCCAGCAGCUGCCCAUCAGCAGCAUCUAACAAGUCCGUCUCCACUUGGCCAGUAGCGACAAACCGAUGAAACAAAACCCACGUAAAGCACAAGUUAUGGAGCAUUUGAUUAAUCCCAAGCACAGUCCAAGUUUUCUUUAUAAACUCCAUGAGCUCGUCCACUUCAUCAAUGAUGGAAGUGUCGUCGUGCACAUCAAAGCAAGCUUCCAGCAGCAUUUCGUACAGACGAAGGUUUAACGGAAUCCCAUCAGCCCAAUGGGCAACUUCCAAAACCGAUGAGCCAUCAGAUCUACUAGCGAGAGAGGUCACCGCGCUGCGAAGAAUCUGCAUUGACUCGUUGUUACGCCCGGUUUCCAUCUGCUUGUUCAGAGCUGCAUUGAUGAUUUGCCGCAGCCGCUGGGAGGUAGGGUUUGACUUGUCGAGCGGGACUCUAGGGUGCGAGAGCAGCCCGAGCUCGAGAACUUUGAGAGUCCUCUUCUGCCACGACUCGAAUUCUUGAUGAUCGGUGAAAUCGGAUGAUUUCAGCUGCUGCAGAAGCUCCAGCGGUAGCACCACCGUCUCGAUUCGCCGGCCAACCUAUCGAGCGGAAAUCCUCAGAAGAGCUCUCCGAACCCUCGAAUCGUCAGCCUCCGGUACCCGCAUUUGAAUCUUCAUCAGCUCGCCGACCGUCAAUGGCUUCUUCGACUUGCCCUGACCAGAGCCAGACCCAGACCCGGGGCUCUUUUUGGAACCGGAGCCUGGGGAUUUCAAUCCGAGAGCUUUCUUCAUCUUGCUGGCCGCGGCGGAAGUAAGUGAGCGCUGGAGUGACGGAGACGAGUUGGAGUUGGAGCUGGAGCUGGGGGAGUGAGGCAAAUGGUUGUGGUGGUGGUUAGGUGGGUCGGUGGUGGCGGCGGUGGAGAGGGGCUUGGCGGAGGAAGUGCGGGUGAGGGCGAGGAAGAUCUCGUAGGCGGCGGAGCGGAGGUCGGAAUCGGUGAGGUGGGAGGCGAGCUGGCCGAGUGGGCACUCUAGAUCGGCGGCGACUGGCCUGACGGACAUUAUCGGCGGCGGGGGCUGGAUUUGGAGCUUUGGCGGCGGAGAAGGAGUGGACUCCCUCCAUGAUUGGCCUAAGGAGAGGUCUCUGAAGAGAGAAGCCAUGGCUUCUCGGUGACAGAGACGGGAAAUAGAGAGUGAAAGGGGAUGUUGGAGGAAGACGAUAUAGAAAGUCCCACACG